CCGAAACGCCAAUAAUAAUGAAGAAAAAAAUAUUCAAAGUGACCUCGAGACUCGGUUCCGUCUAUUCGUCGGUGUGACGUGUUACCGAGUGGAGACAAUCGAGUGCGAUAAUUUUUUAAAUUUCCUUCAAGUCCAUUUCAUUUAAUUGUUCAUUCUGUCUUACUCCCUCUCUGUCUGAAUAAUUGUCUCUCCUCGUCGAGUGGGCGGAGCUCCCCUCGCCCUCCUCCAACCCCUCCACCGGAUCCUAACCAACCUGAGCCCAGGCACAUUCUGGUGAUUCGGCUGUUCCGUUCAGUUCUAUUCAGUUCUCAGUUUCGUCGGGAUUCAUUCCGAUUCCCUCGGUCAUUGUGUACAUUAGAUUACUCACACAACGUCGUGCAUUCUGUUUUCUCUCUCUCAUUUUUUCCUCUACCCCCCCCACGUUUUCAUGAAAAUACUCGAGUGAUAAGUGUAUAAGUGUGUAUGUUCUCCCCAUCCCUUCCCCCCAGGAGUGACUACAGUACGGCGUCGUGCGUCGUGCUCGAUAUACAAUAAUAUUCACGCGUUUUUUUUUCGUGCUCUGGGGAUAUGUAUCGAGCAUGCUCCUUCAAGAUUCAGACAGAAUAGUGGCAUGCGUCGAUUAAUCUAUGGCAGAUCAACAAGAUCAGUCGUCGCUCGGGGGGUCUGUAGAGAAGGCCAGUGCUUCAGCAGACGCCUCUAAAUUACGGGGGAAGAGCAGUGGCACUAGUGGUUACAGAAAACGACAGAGUACACCGACAGUUGUUGCGACAUUGGCGGAAAAACGGAGGAGACAAACUGAACCACAAACUUCACUGGUUUCUAGUGUUACUAGUAAUACACACAGACGUUCGGUUGAUUCGAGGGGCGAGGGUAAAAAUAAAGGGGAGAGAAAGGGACAUGGAGGUAGCGUAGGAACUCUCACUGAUAUUGAUUGGAGAGCACAGUCCAAGGGACAGCAUUCCACGAGUGGUGUCAGUACAACGAGAAAAAAUUCAACAAAACACAGUCAAGCUGAAUAUAAUCCUGCCCCAAUAGAUUGCGUAGCGUCACGUACUCGUUCACGUACACCACAAAAUCCACAAAGUGUUCAGGGAAGCAGUAGUUCAUUCGAUCACACAUCGUCGACAGUCUACAACAGUAGAAAGUCAUCGUCUGGAAAUAACAAUUUGAUAGCUGUAGCGAGUUCAUCGGUGAGCAAUAAUCCAGCGACAUCAAGAGGAGGACGAGCUACAAAAUCCCAAAGCACUGUUUCAAGCCACACAAACGGUGGUACGAGUAGUCAAGCAUUGGGUGUCAAGUCAAGCAUCAGAGUGGGUAACGCAGCUAGUAACUCUGUGGAGAGCGGUGGGGGGGCGUUGGCACAUGACGGGGCAGGGACUAGUGGUGUCACAUCCACGUCAGUUGUCAACCCCUCUGUGUCUGCCUCCACCAACUCGAGCCACCAUCAGCCCACUCACAAGCACUUGCUGCGUUCCCGAGUGAAACUCCCCUCGGAUCAGCCCAAAGAGUUGACCUCAAAGGUCCUCUCAAAACACAAGAAAGAGGCCUCAUCCUGCUCGAGUUCUCGCCACCGUUCGUCCUCUCGCGCUCGUAAAUCCUGUGACAAUCCAACCUCCAGUGGAGGUGCUCUCAUGUCAGCAUCUGAAUCCACUCCCACAACCCUUCCCACAACCACAUCAGUCCCAAGUCAACAGACCUCAACCCCUGGAGACGAGGACUCUGCUCCAGCGACAGCAGCAGCAGCAGCCGCAGCAGCAGCUGCCAGUGGUGGUCCCUCUGGUAUGUCGGGAACGACAGGUGACAGUGAGAGUGAUGAUGGCGAAGUUGGAAGACUCCAGGCGCUUUUGGAGGCACGUGGCCUCCCGCCCCACGUCUUCGGAGCCCUUGGCCCCAGGAUGCAGCACCUCUUGAACCGAAGUAUGGGCGCAAGUUCAGCUGCUAAGGCCCAACAACUGCUGGCAGGUCUCCAAGCUGUUGAUGACGAGGGAGAACAGCUACAGGCAGUGAUAGGAAUGGGAGAGAUUCUCGUCAUGGGAAAUGAAGAUACACUGACUGGCUUCCCGGUGAAACAAGUCGUAGCAGCAUUGAUAAAUCUCCUAGGAAUCGAGCACAACUUUGUCAUCAUGACACACGCCUGUCGUGCCCUGACCUACAUGAUGGAGGCCCUGCCUCGAUCGUCGACAGUCGUCGUAGAUGCGGUCCCAGUGUUCCUACAGAAGUUGGAAUCAAUCGAGUGCAUGGACGUGGCCGAACAGUGUCUCACAGCCCUAGCCAUGCUCUCGAGAAGACACAGCAAGACAAUCCUCCACGCCGGUGGUGUCUCGGCCUGCCUUAAAUUCGUGGACUUCUUCAAUAUCACAGCUCAACGUGCUGCCCUGACAAUAACAGCCAAUUGCUGUCAAAACCUUCACCCCGAUGACUUUCACCUGGUCGUUGAGAGUCUCCCAUUGCUCACCAGUAGACUCACCAAUCAGGAUAAAAAGAGUGUGGAGUGUGUCUGUCAGGCGUUCAGCAGACUCGUCGAUAGUUUUCAGCAUGAUCCUGUCAUGCUGCAUAAGAUUAUCACUGCUGAGUUGUUACAGAAUUUACAGCAAUUGUUGAUGAUUACACCCCCAGUCAAUAGCAUUGGGAAUUUUAUUACUGUAUUACGAAUGCUCUCUGUGAUAUCGAAUCGUUGUCCCGACUUGGCACAGCUUCUUCUCCAGCAGAAUAUCGCUUUUACUUUGAGUUAUCUUCUCACUGGAUCGUUGGAGGUCAAGACUGAGGAUGUUGACCUUGUGCCAAGAUCCCCUCAGGAGUGGUUCGAGAUCACUUGUCUCAUUGAGGAGCUCAUGCCUCCUCUACCCACAGAUGGAAUAUUCAGUGUCAAUAGUCUUCUAGAGAGGACUAAUAAUCAGCAGGAGACCGUUCACUGGGAGUGGAGGGACGAGAGACACUGCUGUCAUCCCUUCAGCACUAUUGAUUCAAGAAUCAUUGAGAUGGCUUUUCAGAACGGAGAGGACGAGAUUUGUCUUUCCACUCUGGGGAGAACCUACACCAUCGAUCUGACUAUGAUGAAGCAAAUCAACGAGGACAUUGGGAUGGCGAGGAGCAUCUUCAGGAGAGUCAUGACGGAUACUGCCGAGGGGAAGAGUCCCACGUGCUUGGGGAAUAUGGAUGUCGUACCACCGGUUAUUGAGACCAAUGAGUGGCUGGUGUCGUUCAUCAGAACACUUUUCUCUGUACUAUAUGAAGUUUAUAGUAGUUCUGCUGGGCCUGCUGUCAAGCACAAGUGUCUGAGGGCACUGUUGAGGAUGGUUUACUAUGCGUCCACUGAUUUGUUGAAGGAUGUAUUAAAAAAUCAAGUAGUAUCAUCCCACAUAGCCGGUAUGCUAGCCUCUCAAGACCUUCGAAUUGUGAUAGGUGCAUUGCAAAUGGCCAGUAUUCUGAUGAAGCGUCUGCCCCACGUAUUUGGUGUACAUUUUCACAGAGAGGGAGUAUUGCACCAAGUGCGACAAUUAGCCGAUCCCGAGGUACCUCUUGGUGUAUCACCACCCAAGUGCACUUCUGGUACAUCAUUGCCAAGUCCCCAACCAGGUCCAUCCAAUACACCAUUGUCAUCGACAGUGACACUAUCAUCUAGCAGUGCCACAUCCCCAGUUGCUUCACCCACAACUAAUGGAAAUAUUUUAUUUGGUUCAAUUGCAACUAGUCAAUUGAGACCAUGUCUCACAGCUACUAUGGAAACUAGAAGUCGUACUGAUUUGAGCUCGUCAGUUGAGGAUGCUGCGAGUACACCACAAAGUGCCCACUUAAGAAUCGGAGACGUCCUAAAACGCAAACGCCAAAACAAGAAAGGAAGGCUCUCGCGUCUUGGAAGUGCCACUACCCCUCAACAGUCCCCCCAAGCGGAAUCCCUCUUCACAGGUUUUGCCCAGAAGAACAAUCGUUUCCUGGGCAACUUGAACCCAGCGCGUUGGGGUAGGAAAUCAUCCGCCUCGAGUGCAUCAAGUGAUAAACGAGACUCAACCUCAUCAACAAGUCUCACCAAGCCCCCCAGCAAUCCCAGUCUAACCGGUGGCAAUCGCGAUAAAGCUAAAACCUGGGUUCGUGAGCAGGCAGGACAAUUUUUAUCGAGAUACCAGGAUGAUGCACCGUGCACCCAUCCAGCCCUGACAGUCCUCUCUCGUCUGACUUCGGCAAUUCAACGUCUCCAAUCCAACGAACUCGACGAGAUGCUCCCGGCCCUGACAGAACUCAGAGACAUAGUCCUGGAGAGUGACAUCUCACCCUUCGAGAUGAACUACAGUGGCCUGAUAAAAGCCCUCCUGAAUCACCUGACGACAACAGACGCCCCAGGGAACCGUUACGAUCGUCUCAGAAUGUUCUGGAAGCUCUUCGCCGAGUCGACAAUGCAGCAGGACAUCAACAGUCCAACCGACAGUCCCAUUGACAUGAAUCCAGGAGCCUUCGGUGCUCUCGUCAACAAACUCAACAGUUGUGUCGCACAGUUGGAACAAUUUCCCGUCAAAGUCCACGAUCUACCAGCGGGUUCUGGUGCUGGACGAGGUGGAACAAGUGCACUCAAAUUUUUCAACACGCAUCAGUUGAAAUGCAAUCUCCAACGACAUCCAGAUUGCAACAAUCUCAAGCAGUGGAAAGGAGGCACUGUGAAGAUCGACCCACUAGCCCUCGUCCAAGCUAUUGAGCGUUACCUCAUGGUUCGGGGUUACGGUAGAAUCAGAGAUGCUGAAUCAAUGGUCAGUGAUGACGACAACAGUGAAGAUGAUAUUGAUGACACUCUGGCUGCUGUUGUAAUCUCUCAGGGCUCAAAGCACAAGCUCCAGUUCCUCAUUGGUGACGAAGUUCUGCCGUUCAAUAUGACGGUUUACCAGGCAGUGAGGCAGUUCAGCUGUGCAGGUAUUGAUCAUUCUGAACCCGAGACGGACACAGAACCUCCACUGGGUCACGAUGCUGUCUGGGUGCAAACCCACACAAUAUACUACAGACCAGUUCCAGAGGAGGAAACAACUAAUUCACCCAAGCCAGGAUCUAGCUCUCAGAGUACAUCGAGUAGAAAGGGAAAAGGAAAGUCCACGAAGAUCAGUUCCAAGCGUAAAGAGGACAGUUUGUGGCUGGAGGGAGCGGUGCCCCCACCUCGCUGCCCCCUGGUCCCUUAUCUAUCUCCAACCCUGCCAUCAGUGACAAUCUCUGAUGCUUCCUUGGAUGGAUUGUGUCUCCUUCGACUGCUUCAUUCCUUGAACAGACACUGGGGGGUCCUCUUCCCACAUCUCAAGAGUGCAUCUCUCCUGUCGUCUCAAGACUUUAUCAAUAAUAAAAUCGCAGCAAAGGCCUAUCGACAGCUGCAGGACCCACUGGUCAUCAUGACGGGAAAUCUACCAUCUUGGCUGCAGCAAAUUGCCUCAGUUUGUCCAUUCUUGUUUCCCUUUGAGACUCGUCAGCUGUUGUUGUAUGCCACUUCCUUCGAUCGUGAUAGAGCACUGCAGAGACUUCUAGACUCGGCCCCAGAAUUAUCUGGCUCUGACUCACAGGAGCGUGUCACUCCAAGGUUAGAGAGGAGGAAACGAACGAUAUCGAGGACUGAUAUCUUCAAACAAGCUGAACAGGUAAUUCAGGAUCUUGCAUCGAGCAAGGCUCUUCUUGAGGUGCAAUAUAUCAACGAAGUUGGUACUGGCUUGGGUCCAACCCUGGAGUUCUACGCUCUGGUCUCGAGGGAAUUCCAGAGGGCUGACCUGGAGAUGUGGCAUGGGGCUGCUAAUGAAUCCAGCUACAUUCAUUCCACUCAGGGCCUCUUCACAAAGCCAACAGCCUGGAACACCAAGGUCCCAGCCCUCGCCAAGUUGAAGACGAGGUUCAAAUUCCUGGGAAAGUUCAUGGCCAAGGCCAUCUACGACUCGAGGAUGCUGGAUCUGCCCUUCAGUCUGACGUUUUACAGAUGGUUACUGGGGGAGGAGCACACUCUGACACUUGCUGACCUCGCGCACAUAUGCCCAGAUGUCUACAGAACGUUGAGCAAACUCCAGGAUGUUGUCAGGAGGAAAGAAGCUAUCGAGAGGGAUCAAACACUCAGGACCAACGAGAAGGCACAACUCGUCGAGAUGUUGGACCUUGAUAAUUGUUCCAUUGCCGACCUGGGGCUCGUCUUUGAGCUGCCGGGGUACGCGAACAUCGAGCUGAGGAAGGGGGGAAGCGAGGUCCCAGUGACGAUUCACAAUCUCGAUCAGUACAUCAAGCUGGUUGUACACUGGUUCCUGUAUGAGGGUGUCUUCAGGCAGAUGGAGGCCUUCAGAGAAGGUUUCGAGUCGGUUUUCCCACCGAGCCAAUUGAGGUUGUUUUUCCCAGAGGAGCUGGAGGCUGUGUUCUGUGGACAUCAUCAGAGUGGAGGACAGUGGGAUGUUAAGACGCUGCUGGAAUGCUGCAGGACCGAUCACGGGUACACUCCAGAUUCGAGGGCCAUUAGGUUCCUGUUUGAGGUGAUGGCUGAGUACAAUAGUGAGGAGCAGAGACAAUUCAUUCAGUUUGUCACUGGGUCACCGAGGCUGCCUGUUGGAGGAUUUAAGAGCCUUACGCCACCUCUAACGAUAGUUCGCAAGACAUUCGACCCAUCAAUGAAGACCGACGACUUCCUCCCCUCUGUCAUGACAUGCGUCAACUAUCUCAAACUCCCUGAUUACACAACCCUCGACAUAAUGCGCGAAAAGCUUCGAAUUGCCGCCCAGGAGGGCCAGCACUCGUUCCACCUCUCCUAGAAAUGGAUCCCAAGUCAUUUAUUAUUACUAUUACAUUUUUUUUCACGUGUUAUCUCAUUCAUCUCUCGAAAGCCCCGUAAAUAUCUCAAGAUACCAGUUUGCAGAGAAAAACGUCAACAUCUCGAGCAAAAAAUCUUCUUAAUCAUCACUUUCAAACUUUAUCCAUGAGAAAGUGCAUUAAUAAUUUUGAUAAAUUUUUGAUUCUGUGCCCCUGUCAAUUUAAAAUAAUAAUUUCCAUAAUCCCAAAAUGUUCUCAGUCAGUUAUUGAAAACUAAAGACCUUGGAAAAUCAAAUGGUCUUCGUUGAAAUGAAAACAAGAUAUUCAAAAAAACAUGAUGAAUGACAACAAACAAAACAAUGAAGAAAAAACACGUAAUAAGUUGUAAAUAUCUUAGUUAUCUCAACAUAGUUUGAUAUACGCAGGUUCAUAACAUAAAAAUAACUUUAUCAUACCGCUACGAGGCACUGAUUACUAACGGAAUUAUACAUUAUUAGAAAUCAAGAGGACGUUUACUAAAGUGUAAAUGAUGGUUUUGUUUUUUUUCCUUUUUUUUUAAACAGUGGUGCAUAAUGAAUUAAUGUGCAUCGCCAAAAUUAUCUUACCACGUGCUCCACGAGGACCCUGAGAGUGUGAACUAAAGAUUAUUAUUGAAAAUAAAAAUGAAAAAACAAUGUAAAAGUGGUUGAAUCGGGAUGGAUGGUUGCAUUGUUUCAUAAGUAGUGAGAGUAUCACGAAAAAUGGAGUCUAAAUGAAUUCAUGACAUUCGUAUUUCUCUUGUUCGUUGUGUUGUAAUCGAUCUCUUGUUUGUUCUUGCUGGUCAAUUGGGGGACAUCUUGGGAAAGGAUUUGGUUCGCCCACUGUGACAUGCGACAAACUAUAUUUAAUUUCAUCGAUCUACCAUUAUAUAAAAUUAUUUCAUAAUUUUUAGGUAAAAUAGUCAAAUUCAUUACUUUAUUUAGUCGUGUAAGGAUAUAGUUUACAUUGUCAGACCAUUUUAGAUUUUUUUGUGGGGCAGAGCGAGAUCGAGAGAUGAUUUUCUUUUUUUUUGUGGUUUUUGAGCGAAGGAACGAGCAGAAAAUAUUGCCUAUUUAAUUUUUAUCAUUGAAAAAGGUGAAAAUUAUUGGGUGGAUUUAAUCCAGUGAGUGGUCUGACGAUGCACCGACUGUGUUUGUUACAUCUGACUAUGUUAAAAUGUGUUAUCCUGUAGCCUUUUGAUAAAGUCCAUUAUGGCAACGGGGCGUGAUUCGAAGAAAAAAACUUGCAUAUUGAUAUGAACGAUUAAAAUGGCUAAAUUGAUUAUAUUUAUAUCAUUUGAGUAGUAUAAAACGUUUUGAUUUUACUUGAAUACUGAAUAUUUUUUGUUUCCUUUGAGAUCCUUGAAUAAAACACCAAUAGUAAGGAA